AUAUAUAUAUAUAUAUAUAUUAUAAAAACAACUUCUCAGAGAGCAGAGAAGCAAAAUACGUCUAAAGAGUGCUUGUUUUCUUCUCUUCAUCUCCGGAUUUUUGCUGUCCCCUUUUAUACUUUCCUCUUGGUUCUUUCUGGGUUUUAACUUAAAUCUUUCCUCUUGGUUCCUCCUGGGUUCUAUCUGGAAGUCUUUCUAGAUUUGCUUGUAUUGAAGGAGGAGCUAAAGUGAUUGUUGAAGAUGGCUGCCGCCUCAUCAUCUGCUUCUUUCUUUCGGUCUAGGGAGGAAAAUCAAAACCAGAUGAUGCAACAAAAUCCAUCCACUGCUGCUCCAACCACAGCGCCUCAAAAGAAAAAGAGAAAUCAACCUGGAACACCAAAUCCAGAUGCAGAGGUGAUAGCACUAUCUCCCAAGACCCUAAUGGCAACAAAUAGGUUCCUAUGUGAGGUAUGCAACAAAGGGUUCCAAAGGGAGCAAAAUUUGCAGCUUCACAGAAGAGGACACAACCUACCUUGGAAGCUAAAGCAGAAGACUACAAAAGAAGUGAAGAGGAAGGUAUAUUUGUGCCCUGAGCCCACAUGCGUUCACCAUGACCCUUCUAGGGCUCUCGGUGACCUUACUGGCAUCAAAAAGCACUACUCUAGGAAACAUGGAGAGAAGAAAUGGAAGUGUGAGAAGUGCUCUAAGAGAUAUGCUGUUCAAUCAGAUUGGAAAGCCCAUUCGAAGACCUGUGGCACUAGAGAGUACAGAUGUGACUGUGGCACUCUCUUCUCAAGGCGUGAUAGUUUCAUCACUCAUAGGGCUUUCUGUGACGCACUGGCUCAGGAGAGUGCAAGGCAUCCUAGCAACUUAAACACCAUCGGUACUCAUCUCUAUGGAAAUAACCACAUGAGCUUAGGCCUAUCUCAAGUGGGUUCUCAAAUUUCGCCAUUGCAAGAUCAGAACCAUCCAACUAGUAAUAUGUUGCGGCUGGGAAGCGCUGGUGCUGCGAAAUUCGAUCACAUAAUCCCUCCAUCUAAUUCUUCGUCCUUGCCAACGAUGCCUUCUUCUGGUUUCUUCAUAUCAGAUGCAAAUCAAGGUUCAUUUCCAAAUAAAUCCUUACAUGGGCUAAUGCAACUUCAUGAUCUUCAAAACACCUCCAACAACUCCUCCCACACCAAUCUCUUCAAUCUUGGCUUCUUUUCAAAUAAUGCUGCUACCCCCAGCCGAAUGAGUAACAGCGACAAUGCCAAUUCAAGCACCACAACCACCAACUUGGUGAAUUCAACCUUCAUGAAUCCAAAUCCAUUCAACAAUGGAAAUGGUGGCCAAGGGCUCUUCGCCAAUAACAUGGGUGAUCAUCAUGUUGACUCAGCUGGUAUCCCAUCUCUUUAUAGCAAUUCAAUGCAACAAGAAAACAUCACCCCGCACAUGUCUGCCACUGCAUUGCUUCAAAAAGCUGCUCAAAUGGGUUCAACUACUAGCAGCAACAACUCUAAUCUGCUAAGAGGCCUGGGAGGUUCUCCAUCAACGGGUACUAAAUCCGAUAGGCCACCACUGGUUUCUACUAACUUUGGCAGCAAUACUUUUGGCAAUGCAACUGUAGGAGAAGGUGGCCUAGGAACACAAAUGGAAAGUGACAACCAACUUCAAGGAUUGAUGAAUUCUCUUGCCAAUGGGGGCUCUUCCAUUUUCGGAGGUGGACACAGCCAAGAUAACAGCUUCGGGGGUUUUACCAGCAGCGGCAUCUCAUUGGAUCAGCUUCAUAAUAGCACGAAUUUUAGCAAUGUAGAGGAGGCAAAAUUGCAUCAAAGUCUUGGCGUUGGAUCAGAUAAGCUGACCUUAGAUUUUCUUGGCGUUGGGGGAAUGGUAAGAAACAUUGGUGGAGGUCAACAUGGCAUCAAUUUAAGCUCAAAUAAUAAACCUUUUUGAAGGGCGAAAAGCGCUUGAGAAGAAAACAAGACAGAAGUGGCAGUUUAGGUAUGCAUGUAUGUUUCUCUUUAUUAGGGUUUUGUUACAAGAAUUGCCUCAAGGAUUUCUUAAUUUCUAUCCUUUCAAUUAAUCUAUCUUUGUGUGUGUACUCAUGUGAUACGUUUCAGUGGAAUUCAACCUAAACCAUUCUCAUC